GGGCCCCUGUUUCCCGCCGGCCCCCAGAGGCGGGCGCACAAGAUGGCGGUGCCGGUAGCUCCGGGGAGGUGGUCUCCUCUCGGCUUCGGGCUCUAGCGCCGCGCCGGGCCCGGAGGCGGGUUUCACGUAGGUGACUGGAGGGCCGAGCGGUGCUCCUGGGGCGCCAGGCCCGCUCGCUGCUGCCCCGGGGCCCCGCUGCCCCCCCAGCCCUGCCCCGGGGCGGAACCGAGGGAAGGUCAGGCUGGGCGCCCCUCCCCUCCCCGUUCCACCGCCGUGGCCGAUCUGUGGGUGGCUCACUGUCCGCGAGAACUUCAGCCACCUGCACCUCCAUGGCAGCCUCGCAGGCCCCGGGGGAGAUGAUCAGCAUCCAGGCGGGAGAGGCAGCCCAGGCCGAGGACCGGGACCUGCUGGGGAGCGACUGUCUCGAGUGGGACAAGCCCGCGCCGCGCUCCUGGAGGCAGAAGUGCGCCUCCUACGUGCUGGCCCUGAGGCCCUGGAGCUUCAGCGCCUCGCUCACGCCGGUGGCCCUGGGCAGCGCCCUGGCCUACCAGUCCCAGGGCGUCCUGGACCCCCGGCUGCUGGUGGGCUGCGCCGUGGUCGUCUUGGCGGUGCACGGGGCUGGCAACUUGGUCAACACGUACUAUGACUUUUCCAAGGGCAUUGACCACAAAAAGAGCGAUGACCGGACCCUGGUGGACCGGAUCCUGGAGCCCCAGGACGUUGUCUGGUUUGGAGUCUUCCUCUACACCCUGGGCUGCGUCUGUGCCGCGGGCCUCUACUACCUGUCCCCUCUGAAACUGGAGCACUUGGCGCUCAUCUACUUUGGAGGCCUGUCUGGCUCCUUCCUCUACACGGGAGGGAUCGGAUUCAAGUACGUGGCCCUGGGAGACCUCAUCAUCCUCAUCACGUUCGGCCCGCUGGCCGUGAUGUUCGCCUACGCCGUCCAGGUGGGGUCCCUGGCGGUCUUCCCGCUGGUGUACGCCAUCCCCCUGGCCCUCAGCACCGAGGCCAUCCUCCAUUCCAACAACACCAGGGACAUAGAGCCCGACCGGGAGGCGGGCAUCGUCACGCUUGCCAUCCUCAUCGGCCCCACCUUCUCGUACAUGCUCUACAGCGCGCUGCUCUUCCUGCCCUACCUGAUCUUCAGCAUCCUGGCCACGCGCUACAGCAUCAGCCUGGCGCUGCCGCUGCUCACCAUCCCCAUGGCCUUCUCCCUGGAGAGGCAGUUCCGGAGCCAGGCUUUCAGCAAACUGCCCCAGAGGACCGCCAAGCUCAACCUCCUGCUCGGGCUCUUCUACGUCUUCGGCAUCAUCCUGGCACCGGCAGGCAGUCUACCCAAACUCUGAGGGGACCCGGAGCGCCCCCGUCAGCGCGCCGCCCUCUCUGAGACUGUGUGGGAAGCAGAGUUUCUCAGGAGAGAAGGUGAUUUGACAGCGAGGAGCCUAAGGAUGGCUUGUAAACUCCCGCCUUUUUUUUUUUUAAAAUGAUGACAUUGUUAACGAUAAUGUUUUGUUCUGUUUUAUGGCAAAUCUUGAAAUCACUGGUACCAGAAGGUGAACUGGCUGCAUGGCCCUUGUUUUAUUUAUAAUUUCCACUAGAGGGUGGUGUUAGGUCACUUUAAAGUAGUAGACUAAAGGCCCUAAGACUUUGUGAAGGAGCCACCUAGCUUGGCCUCCCGGCCUGAAAGAGCCACGUGGUAAUGACCGGUGUCAGGCCCCAGGGACACCGAGAGCACCUGUCUGCCUCCGAGCAUUUGGGCCCUGAAACACACAGCACGAGAGAGCCCUCAGGGACAGCCCAUCGGCCUGCAGGCUGUCUGCCUAAUUUGUGAUUCAGAGACUCAUCUGUCUUUUCGCCUCUUGCCACAGUUGAGGAAGUGUCAGAUCACCCUGUGGCAGGACACCCAAGCAGGACUGGGAAGGGAAAAAAAGACCCGCCCCCAGAGGAAGCUGAGAAAAUCCCUGCUUCCGGAUGGAAAUGGGCAGACCAGCUGCUUCCCUUUGUGGGAAUGAUGGGCGAAGGGGUGCGGGAGUCUGAAUGGACGGCUCUCGGCUCUUUCCGUUACUGUUAGGAGCCCUGAGAUUGUAGAGGCAACUGCUCCCAUUGCCAGCUACUGACGGUCCACAAGGCUGCUUCGUCCUGCCCUAUCGCCUUUCUUAUUGCUCCUUGAUGCCCAGCCUCCAUUUCUAUCAGGUUCCCUUUUGUGUUGCUCCCAGCCUGGCAUCCUGACUAUUUGGGCAGCAGCUCAGCACCUGAGUCCGGGACAGUUGCCACUUGCCACGGAGCCACAGGACGAGCAGGCAGGGACAUCAGCUCCUCCGUGGAGGAAUAAGCCAGUAGACCAGGGUGGGGAACGUCCCGCCCUAAAUCGCUUGGCCUGCCCUGCUAAGGCAUUAGGGGUGAGUGAAUUAAUUAAAUGAUUGACCAAACAUAGCAGGCUCAUUUUUAAGUUGGUAACUUUGUAGGGCCCACGAAUGAUGUUAAAAAUGCCCAAAUGGCCCUGGGCAGAAAGGAAGUUCCCACUGACCCUGCUCAGACAGGUGGCAGGCCUGCCAGGGAAGGGACUGCGUCCUCCUUGGAGACAGAAGCGCACAGUGACCCUGCCUCUCGCAGAGCCUGUCGCUGCCCUUGUGCAAAGAUAGUUUGCACCCAGAACGGGGAAUUCCAACGUGGAUCAAAGUUGCUUUUCAUUUCACUGCCUGGGAAGUAUAAUUUCUGGGCUAGUCUUGCUCAGUUGCAUUUGGUCUGAGACUGAAAUAGAUUGAGGUCAUCAUGGUUACCUUUUUCUGUUGUGAUGAUGGCCAUGAUGAGAGCUAUUUCAGAGCCUUAACCCUCAGAAAAUGACAUAGAAUUAGUUCUUAAUCCUGAAAAUCAGGCUAAUGAUAUGAUUUGGCUCCUUGAGUUUGCAAUUAGCUUACUUGGGAAAAACAUAUCUGGAAAUUGCAGAAGUUCCUCAAAGUGGAAGGUGGUUUGGGUAGCGAUCCGAACCCUCCGAGCCCAGGAACGAGGGAAGCGGCCCUUCUUCCCAGCACCAUCUCUGUCUCUCGCCAGGCUGCGGCGUGGCGGUGCUCACAGGUCCUGCCUGCAGCGGCCAGCUCCUUGGGCCCCUCCUCGGAGCAGACCGUUUGGCACAGGGCUCAGCCUGAGGCUGUAGGACCAAGACAUUCCGCGUCCGCAGACCAGACCCACCUUUGUGAGCGCUCCUGUUGGGGCGCCAGCCUCCGCAUUGUGUUCCGGUGCAGAUUUUAAUGCACAUUUUUAUAUAUAAAUGUUUCUAAAAGGCCAAACUUGAUGCCAGGUUUUAUAUGCAGGUCACCAUAAUUUAUAUGAUAUCCCUGAUUCAAUGAGAUUUUCUUUAGACUUGUUAAUAAAAUCAAAU